GAUACUACAGCGACAAACUUAUGAGAAAUUUGCAAUAUGGAAGAAAACAACAUCAUCAACCAAUACGUCCAGCUCUAUUCAGAUCAAAUACACACCUAUAAAAGAACAGCAGCAGUGACAGCCAGGAUCUGCAAACAAUCCCUAGACGAAGCACACCUCCGAAACUGGGUGUCGAAUCGCGCCAAAGACCCCAAGAGUCUGGAAAAUAAACUCAUCCAACGGCAGAAACACGGUCAUGCAUAUACUACUAUAGAGGAGAUCGAUAAAGACAUUGUUGAUCUCGCGGGGGUGCGCAUCAUUCUUUACUACGCCGCGGAUCGGGCGAGAGUGAAGUCGAUCCUGCAUGAUAGAUUUAAGGUGAAAGAGACGAGGAUAUUUCCUGACAGAGCCAAUAAUAAAGAGGCUGCCAGGGGUAGAAAAGGAUAUACAGCCCAUCACUUUCGAGUGUGGAUGCGAAAAGAUGACAUGGAGAGACACCAUCUCGCGACUGACGGACUCAUUGAGAUACAAGUUAUAUCGCUUUUCCAGCAUGCAUGGGCUGAGAUUGAACAUGAUAUCAAGUACAAACCGACGUGGCAGAUCGUAAACAAAGAGCAGAUUGUGCUUGGCUUUCUGAAGCAAAUUGUGGAUUUGUUUGACUUUUCUAUGACUCGACUGUGGAGGAUUCAGAUGAAGAACCGACGACUGAUGCCACACAAUUAAAGAAUAUAUCUCGUUGAUCUACAGCCAAUAUGGAAGGGAUUGUCUAUAGUACUUUGGAAUAACAUCAUCAUAC